CUUUUUGUCCCUCCUCAAGCGCCGUACAAGACAACCAAAAACGUGCUAUGUUGUGACUGAAUGAGACGUCGGUUCCUUUCAAACACUCUGAACACACACACACACACACACACACACUCACUAAGGUGGACAUGCUGCAUCGUUUUGUGAAGAACACACCACUCUUCUCACUUUAAAGAAGCACACAGCAGCGUAGUUCACUGAGCUCAGGCGGGCUUUGUAUCGGUGCUGUGACGGGGUCAUCUGAGGGAACAUGUCCGCCAACGACGCGAGGAAGCGGGGCAAGAAGCGGUACGCGGCCGGGCACCACCACAGCAAGCGGUGGAAGGGCUCCCGGGAGCUGGAGGUGGGCAUGCAGGGGAUCCUCAUCACAUGCAACAUGAACGAGAGGAAGUGCACGGCGGAGGCCUUCAACCUGCUCAACGAGUACGCGGACCAGCUCUGUGGGCCCGAGAAGUUGCAGGAUACCAACGGGAGCAGCAGUGAAGAGGAGGAGGCUGAAGAAGAUGUCGAUGUAGCGCUGAAGAAGGAGGUGGCUCAGCUGAAAGCAUCCGGAGCUAAACAGGAGAGGCGCUUCCAGGCUUUGGACAGCGGAGCAAACAAUGUCAUCUUCAUCAAGACUAAAAAUCUGGAGUCUGACAAGCUGGUUCAUCACAUCCUGUCUGAUCUCCACACCACCAAGAAGAAAAAGUCACGCGUGAUCCUUCGGAUGCUUCCGGUAACCGGAACGUGCAAGGCCUUCCAGGAAGACAUGGUGAAGUACCUGACUACUUUCCUGGAGCCGUGGUUCAAAACCCCAAACUGUGGCACCUACCAGAUCGCCUUCAAGGCCCGAAACAGCAGCCACAACAAGAGAGACGAAGUCAUCAAAUCAAUCGCAGGUCUCGUGGGGAAGCUGAACCCGAAGAACAAAGUCGACCUGACCAACCCAGAGCUGACAAUCAUCGUGGAGGUCAUCAAGGCGGUGUGCUGCCUCAGCGUGGUUAAAGACUAUGCUCUGUAUAGAAAGUACAAUGUCCAGGAAGUAGUCAAAGAGGACACACCAAAGCCCGACGUGACCACAGCGAGAACGGAUACGAACACAGCCGAGGAGAAGGAAGCACAAGAUGGAGAGGAGACGACCAAAGAGGAGACGAAGAAAGGAGACGAAGACAAUGGCAACAAUGUUCCAGAGGACAACAAGGGGGCUGAUGAGGAUAAAGGGGACGGGGAGUGAAAACUAGUAUUUGGAAAAGUCAGAUUUUAAAUUUCUAAAAAGAAAAAAAAAAACAUCAUCUUAUGUUGCAUUAUAUUGUAGUGCUUUUGUUUUUAAAUGAAUGGUUCAAAACAAACAAAAAAAUCUGUUUCUUUUUCUCAACUGAAUCCACAACUCCACGAAGGUCAAAGAGAAUCCAAAUUUAAUUUAAUAUCUUUUUUUUUAAUACUACUACGAUAUCUAUGAUACGUUGGUGCAAACUUCAUUGAGAUGUCCGUUUUUUAAAUAAAAGCGAUUUUUGAAUUAACUGUACAUGUCGCCAUUUAGCAGCAUAACUGCCAUCAGAUCAGUUUUUUAAAUGCUGAAUUUGAUGUUUUUUAUUUCAAUGUCAUUUAAAAUAAAAGGGUUUUUGUUCUGAUGUGUCACAUUUAGUAACUCUGUUUUUAAACUGUUAUUUCCUGAAGCAGUCC